AAAAUCCAAUUGCUCAAACUCGGCAUACGCAAAGCGAUCAAUUGAAGGUUUCCACUAAUCGCAAAGAAGAUCGUUAAAUAUGUUUAUCAUGAUACGUGUAUGGGGAGAUAUUCCACCAUGAAGCUCGCUUUCACUCUCGUCAUUUUGGCUUGUUGGUCUAAACUAUCGUUAGCUAGCAAUACUCCAGAAUCUCCAGACUUGGGCGAGUCACAAUUCCUUUGUGAGAGUAACCUUCUCUCCCUAAACUUCAGCAAUGCGGUGAUUACCAAGAUCGGCCAAGAUUUCAUCGGCAGUCAACUGAUCACUUGUCUCGAUCUCAGGAAGAAUCAAAUCGAGGUUAUUGCACCUAAUGCAUUCAGCAAGCUUCCUAAGCUGAAGAAACUCUACCUUUCUAACAACAAAUUCAGCACCGCUCGUGAUAUCUUCACCUUCGGAGGUCAUGAAACAUUGGAGAUUCUCACAGCAAAUAAUGCAGUUAGGAACGCCAUUUACAUUGAUAUUACGAUUCCCGGAAGCUACCCCAACCUGGAAAUCUUGUUUGCCCGCGAAAAUGGCUUCAAGGACAUAACUGCAACUGAGAAAAGCCCGUUUCCAAAGCUGAAGAUUUUAGACCUCUCCGGCAACAGAAUGACGGACACUAAGUUUAAGAAUCUACUGCCGAGCAGCUUAGAGCAUAUUUACUUGAACGACAACUCGUUCAGUACGUUGAAAUCCUUAAGCAAAGGAAGUAACGUAACUACACUAAUAUUAGACAAUAACAGAUUUACAAUGAUCAGGGACUUCUCAAAUAAUCCGAACGAUAUUGGUUUAUGGCUAUCUGCUUUUCAUAAUCUACGUCACCUUUCCGUCGCUGGAAACAUGAUUAGCACAAUCUAUUCGGAUUUCUCGGGUCUCAAUAAUUUGACCUACUUGAACUUAUCUAGGAACGAAAUCAGCAGCCUGUCUUCGGGUGCUUUCCAGAAACUGCUGCAGUUGGAGACGUUGGAUCUGAGUCAAAACAAAAUCCAGGAAGUCAUCAAGAUGUCAAGUGCAAUAAAUGUCACCACUUUAUUAUUGAGCUGCAACAAGAUACAAAAAGUGCCUGCGAACGCCUUCCAACAGAUGCCGGAGUUGCGGGAGUUGUCGUUGAAAGCGAACCUAAUCGAGGAAGUCGAUGUCAACAGUUUCGCAUAUCUGAAUUAUCUGGAGACGUUGGAUCUGUCCGACAAUAAACUGAGCUCCCUGCCGGAAGGAUGGACGGGAGCUUUCAACUCUUUGCAAAUCUUGGACUUGAGCGAGAAUAAAUUCACGUCGCUGGAGUCCUUGUCUCUGUCGAAUACGCUGCCGUUGGUGGAAGUGUACCUGAUGGCGAAUCCGCUCAAGUAUCUGGACGCCGGUUCUUUCGACAACUUGCCGAAGAAUGUCACUGUGGACUUGGCACACAGGUUCCACGAAGGUUAUCCAAAGUGUUAAACUGCGGGAGCCCGGACUGGCUACAAAGCGCAACACCGUUCCAUCGAGCUGGGAUUUUGAUGCUGCUCGUCACAGCUCAUUUCUUCCCAAGUAAAUACCAUCAACAGUAACGUUACACUAAUGUUGUAAUUUCUCUUGCUCAACGAUGUAAUUAUGUUCAAUAAACAACAUAUGUCGUAUUACAUGUAUAUACGUAUAUGUUAUGUACAUUGUAACUGUAAGUUGUAACUUAAUUAAUAGCAUUGAUACUAUUAGUUUAGUGUUUAUUGAGUCUCGUUGGAGAAAACAGGAAUGUGACGAUCGACGACGUAGGCGUGAAUGUCUCGUAUUGUUUGCGGCAUCGAAAAUUGAAUCCGUGUAUAUCAAUUGUUGGGCCACGGCUCCGAACACGAUACAUGCGAAUAAAUACAUCGACAAUUGUCGCUAUUCCAUCCAUUUACGGUCAUUUAUGCAGAAUAAUAUCUUUCAAUUAUGUUAAUCAUGAUAAUUAUUCGUUUGAACAAAUUACGAAAUAUAAGGAUAAUGUAUGUUGCAGAAUAAUAACUGUACGUUGUAGAAUAACGUUACGUAAAACCGAAAAACAUACUGCGUGCGUAAAGUAACAGUAAAU